AUGGAUAAAUUUGUUAUAAAGAAAUCGAAACCUAAAGAUUCUACCAUAGAAAAUUCUUUAGCACCUAAAAAUGAUCUAAAUAUUAAGACUCCUGAAACCUGUAUACCUUCUUCAUCUUUUACUUCAGUUGAUAUAAGAAUUAAUGACAUAAUAUAUUUUGUUAACCGUGUGUUAUCUCAUAAAUGUGUCAUUGAUUCCUUAGACACAAUUAGUAGUUGGGCCGAUGGUGAUACCUCAAGUCAAGCAAAUAAUUUAAAAAAUUCAAUUUUACAAGGAGAGUUUAUCAUAUCACUUUUGGUUUUAUCUAAAAUAUUUGCUAUUGGAUUGCCACUGUCUAAACAAUUCCAAAGCGUUGCUAUUGAUUUAAGAGAAGCUAUGGUUUUAGCUAAUGCGACACUGUCUGAAUUAAAAACAAUUCGAAGUAACGUUGAUGAAUAUUUUCAUGAUAUCUACACAAAAGCAUCUGCUCUAGCUGAGGAGUUGUGUUUUUCAAUAACAUUACCUCGAAUUGCACGUAAACAAAAAAACAGAGAUAACUAUUCAGUGAAUACACCUGAAGAAUAUUUUAAAAUAACAAUAUUCAUACCCUAUUUAGACUUGUUUAUUAACGAAAUUGAAUCAAGAUUUAUUGAACAUCAGAAAAUAUUAAAAGGAUUUCAAAACUUAUUUCCAAAAACGACAGAAAUGUCAACACUUGAAAAAGAUGAAUUUAUUAGUUUGAUAGAUUUUUAUAAUGAUGAUUUGGCAGAUAACAAUAAAGAUAUUUUGAUAUCUGAGUUAAAACUUUGGCAACGUAAAAUACUUGCAUUAGAUAAACAACCUACAAAUGCUAUGGAUGCUUUAACUAUCUGCAAUGACAUGUAUCCAAAUAUAUACAAAUUACUACAAAUAUUAGCAACACUACCUGUUUCAACAGCUUCAUCCGAAAGGUCUUUUUCGUCAUUGAAGAGAAUUAAAACGUACCUAAGGAAUACAAUGUCAGAGAAAAGAUUAAAUGGAUUGGCAAUGCUGUCCAUUCAUCGUUCAAUAUCAGUGGAUGCAAAGGAAGUGUUGGACGAAUUAUCUACAAACAAACGACGGGUGGAUUUUAUUUUAUGA